AUGGGGUUGCAGGAGGAGAUUGUUCCGUAUGUGAACGGAGGCGGCGGCGGAGGACCGUACAACGACAAGGAGGAAGUGGAAGACACGGUGAUGGACGUCUCCGCUGCGCUAGGGAUUGGAUUUCCUCUUCAGAGGAAACACGUUAUUGUCGGUUACGCCCUUACCUCCAAAAAGAUUAAGAGCUUUUUGCAGCCUAAGCUCGAAGGUUUAGCUAGGAACAAAGGGAUCUUGUUUGUUGCAAUUGAUCAAAGCAGGCCACUUUCAGAUCAGGGACCGUUUGACAUUGUGCUGCACAAGCUUACUGGGAAGGAAUGGCGCCAGAUUCUUGAGGACUACAGAAAAACACAUCCAGAAGUAACAGUUCUUGAUCCUCCUGAUGCGAUACAACAUUUGCACAACCGCCAGUCCAUGCUUCAGUGUGUUGCAGACAUGAAUUUAUCCACUUCCUAUGGAAAAGUUGAUGUUCCAAGGCAAUUGGUUAUUAAGAAGGAUGCCUCAUCUAUUCCUGAUGCAGUUACAAAAGCUGGCCUAACGCUUCCGUUAGUUGCAAAACCAUUGGUUGCUGAUGGGAGUGCAAAAUCACAUGAAUUAUCCCUUGCUUAUGAUCAGUACUCGCUUCGGAAGCUUGAACCUCCACUAGUUCUUCAGGAGUUCAUUAACCAUGGAGGCGUACUUUUCAAAGUCUACAUUGUUGGGGAAGCCAUAAAGGUUGUAAGGCGGUUCUCUUUGCCCGAUGUCUGUAAAAGAGAGCUUGCCAACAAUGCUGGUGUUUGCCGGUUUCCUCGUGUUUCCUGUGCUGCAGCUUCUGCUGAUGAGGCCGAUCUAGAUCCUGUUAUUGCUGAGCUUCCACCGCGACCUUUGCUUGAGAAACUUGGAAAGGAACUUCGUCGUCGACUGGGACUUAGGCUUUUCAAUUUGGAUAUAAUACGGGAGCAUGGAACUGGAGACCAGUUCUAUGUCAUCGACAUUAACUACUUCCCAGGUUAUGGGAAAGUGCCGGAAUACGAGCACAUAUUUACAGAUUUCCUUUUAGGCCUUGCUCAGAGUAAAUACAAGAAGAGACCUUACCAAUGA